CGCAGUUUCCGCUUGGAUAAAGAGUAAAUAUGGAUGCAAUCUUCCACGAAAAGCAAGAAGGCUCUCUGUGUGCACAGCACUGCCUCAAUGCGCUAUUACAAGGUCCUUACCUAACCGCAGUAGAUCUAGCAGAUAUAGCAACUCAGCUAGAUGAAGAUGAAAGAGAGAGAAUGGCAGAGGGAGAUGUUACCUCGCAAGAUUAUCAAGAAUUUCUUAAGCAACCAUCCUCAAAUAUGGAUGAUAGUGGAUUCUUCUCUAUUCAGGUGAUAUGUAAUGCUCUCAGGGUAUGGGGUAUUGAACUGAUUCCUUUCCUAAGUCCUGAAGCCAGGCAGGCCAGAGAAAAACCUCAGAACCAGAGAGCAUUUAUAUGUAACUUACAACAACACUGGCUGACAAUUAGAAAACUUGGUCAUCAGUGGUUUAACCUCAACUCGCUACUUUCCAAACCAGAACUUAUUACAGAGACAUACUUGUCAUUAUUUCUUACACAACUACAGGCAGAAGGUUAUUCAAUAUUUGUUGUGGAGGGAAAAUUACCAGAAAGUGAAGCAGACCAGUUAUUAAAACUGUGUCCAGCUAAGCCAGAGAAAAAGCCUUCAAAAUCAACAGCUCACACAUAUGUUAACAAAUCAGACUUAACAGCUGCUCUUCAGCAAGCCACUAGAUUAGGAGGUGAAGACAAACCAGCUGAUAUGGAUGAAGUAAGAAGAAGAAGAGAACUAUAUUUUACAAGGAAAGAACAAAACCAAGCAGGCAAUCCAACCGCAACUGCAGUGACAGCAGAUUUAUCUCAACAAAUAAUGACAGGUCCAGGUCCACCCACAAGUCAGGCUGCAUCCUCAGAUUUAUCUGAAGAGGAAAUGCUUCAGAUUGCUCUUCAACUGUCUCUUGAGAAGAUUUAGCAGAUGCUUUAUGAACAAACGAAUGAAGAAUAUGAAAUUGCUUGUAACAGUCCUCCAGUUUUUUUAAGCAUUUUUUUCCUUCCUUCUUUCUCUACUCUGAAAAUUAGUCCUAAGGUGUGAAUGUGUGUAAAAAGAGAUCUAUUGUAAACUAGGUGUGGAAUUUUGUCCAAAAAUAAAUGUUACUGCAUUGGAGCCCA